UCAGCUUCCCCAGUAGCUGGCAUUACAGGUGCCCACCACAAUGCUGGGCUAGUUUUUCUAGUUUUAGUAGAGACGGGGUCUCACUCUUGCUCAGGUGGUCUCAAACUCCUGAGUUCAAGCAACCCACCUGCCUUCACCUCUGAGAGGCCGAGCCACCGCGUGAACCACCGCGACCAGCCCUUCCAAUUAUUUAUUGUUACCUAUAUGAUAUGCCAGGCACAUAAGUGCUUCAUUUGUUGAAUGAAUAAGAAAUCUACAGGAUCAGGGAUAACAGAAUAGUAAGAAACAUAAAAAGAAACUUGAGCAUCUCAGACCUCAUCCCUUCCUCAGAUGAAAGAGUGCUGAAGUGUGAAAAGAGGGGAAACCUUUGGGGACGUUGACUCCUUGGGCAGGAAGUGAAAGAAACCCCUGAGUCCUAAUUUCAGAGAAAUGCCAUUUGUCAUCAGCCCAAGAAAAGGAGGUUUUCUUUUCGAAGACCACCGCAGGCCCUUCCUGGGGUUGCCCCCUUCAGAGCUUGAUGGGAGGAUCUGAGUCACUCACACACCCUGUCCCUGAUGGCGACCCAGAUGACAGGGGUCAUUACCACAGAGCGAAUGAGGCUUCCUAGCACCAAGUCAGGGAGCGGGAGGGAGGGUCCUUUUGGUCCUCAUUCACCCUCUCCUUGGAAUCCACAUGUUUCAGUCCUUUUUGCUUCUGUAGUUGGAAGUAAAACAGCUUCCAGCUACUAAUGUUCUACCAUCACCUCUAAUAUAUUUGAUCAGUGCUAUGCACUUAGAAACCACUUUCACAUUCAUCAUGUCAUUUCAUCUCCUCCAAAUGAGAGACUAUCCCUAUAUCAUAAAUGAGAUAACUGAGGUUCAGAGAGGUAACUUGCCCAAGGUUACUCAACCAGUAAAUGGCACAGAUGAAUCUCAAAUACAGUCCUUGGAGCUACAACUACAGUUUUUUGACCCUAGGAGUUCACAAACGAAAUAAGAAAACACACAGUUAGGAGGCAGAAUGUCUGGGUUAUGGAAGUAGAGGGGGUGGUGUCUCCUAUAAAGCAGAGCCAGGAUUAUAAAACCACACCCCCUUGGAGGACUGCAGCAGACUGUUAUUUGGCACAUCCAAUAGAGGACUGUGAGGUUGUGGGCGGGGCUAGCUGGGGGAGGGGGGUCCAGGAGCCCCAACAGCAGUUCAGAGCAUGUGGCAUCCCAGAGGAACCUACAAUGGUGAGUGGUUGCUUCUCCCCAGCUGACGCUUUCUUCCCAUCACAAUUCUCUUUUUGUCCACUCCCUGCCAACUUGUAGCCCUCUCCCCUAUUCACAGGGAGCUUGCACCUAGGACUAUGCCCGCUGAAUGCUAAGAUACUUAGGUUCUAUAUUCCUCGUGCCUGGGUUCCCAGUUCUCUUCUUAAAAGCCAAUGUGGUGGUUUUGAUGUGUGAUAAACUCCUGCCAUGUUGGUUUUUGUCUUCCUAUUCUUCACUUGUCUUUUGAAAAACAAGAAUAAGCCAUUUCCUUAUCCUAAUCUUGAGAGGAAAUAGCCUCCCUCUCUAUAGAGUUCACAUUUCUCGUCUCCUACUUCCUUGGAGUCACUUCUCCAAGAUCUCCCUCCAUCACUGGGUCAGAAGCCUUUUCUUCUGUGGCUUCUGCACCAACUUUCUUAACUUACUGGGUGGGAGUCUUUGGUCUGUUCUCUAAAGAUAUGUUCUAGAGGCUUCAGCUUCAGGGCAACGAUUGACCAAUACCUUAGAGCCUGUCCUCCUGCAGCCAUAACCCCUGUCUUGCUGCCCUCCCAUAUUUCAGGGAUGAUGGGCUUGUGGAGAGAGGGCCACUAGCUUUUGAAGCUCUCCCAUGAAGCUGUGUCUUGCUCCAUCCCUAAAGGCUAGGGUUGACUGGGUUUCCUGAUGAUCCCUUUGUCUGGGAUGAAUGAGGAAAGCCUGGCUUACUGAGAGGGCUUUCUUUGCAGAGGAACUUGGAGAGGAAGAAGUAUAAGUCAGAGACUGCCCAUAUAUACUAGUCUUAAAUUCACUAAUUAAUAUUUGUGUCAACUGCCUGGCCCUUGCUCUUUAAGUCCUGAUUUUGGUCUAAUUUCCAUUCUCCCUCCAUUAUCCCCACCCCCAGCUCCUGUUCUGAUUCCGGAUAAGCUCAAGUCCUCUCUUGGGGUAGUUUAUCUGUUCCACUCAGGACAGAGGGCUCUGAUCUAGAAUGAGCAACUCACUUUCUCUCCCCUCACCUCCACAGGCUUGAGAAUAUGCUGUUCUUCCCUACCUUUUCCAUCAUGGAGCCCACAUUGUUGCCCUUCUUUUAGAGCCUCUGAGACUGGUACCCAGGCAAGAUAUAAUGCCUCUGCCUGCCAUAAGACUGCCCAGUCCUUAUGGCUCUGAUCGGCUGGUACGACUGGCAGCCAGGCUCCGGCCAGCACUCUGUGAUACCCUGAUCACCGUAGGCAGCCAGGAGUUCCCCGUCCACAGCCUGGUGCUAGCAAGUGUAAGCCAGCAGCUGGGCCACAGGGGCCAAUGGGCUCUGGUAGAAGGCAUCAGUCCUUCCACCUUUGCCCAGCUUCUACGUUUUGUUUAUGGAGAGAGUGUAGAGCUGCAGCCUGGGGAGCUGGGGACCCUAGAGGAGGCAGCCAGGGCCUUGGGAGUGCAGUCCCUGGAAGAGGCAUGCAGAAGGGCUCGAAGGGACAGGACUGAAGAGGAGGUGGAUCUAGGGCUGAAGAAACAUCAGGAAGAGCCAGAGAAACCCACAAGGGAUUCUGAGAGAGGACAGAGAAGGCUUGGAGAGAAGCAGAAACAAGAGAAGUAUCUUAGAGCUGCUGAGAGAGAACAGGAGAUGUUACACAAGCACAGACCACCAAGAGAGAGCCCUGAGAUGGCAGGGGCAACAAGGGAGGGUCAGGGGGAGCAGGUGAGAUCAAAGGAGGAGAAACUCAACCAAUCCCCUAUUUGCCAUGGGACAGCAGAUGGGAAGCAAGGCAUGGUCAUGUGGGUGAGGAAGAGUCUAGGGAGCUCUGAGGAAAGUCUGCGGGAGUUCCCUGGCUCCCUUCCCCCACCAGGUUCCUUCCAAACCAGCAUCAUCCCUAGGCCCUGGUGGGCUGAGGCCCCUUGGUUGGGGGGCGGCCAGCCUGCCAUGUGGAGCAUCCUGCUGUUGCCCCCCAGAUACGGCACUCCCUUCUCCCAUAGCACCCCCAUGACUGGAGCCUGGCAGGAGGUCUGGCCUCAGGACCAGAGGAUCCCACUGGCCCUGAACCCCCCCAAAGGGCUCUGGAGCCAGAACCAGUUGGCCUCCUCCAGCCCCACCCCAGGUUCCCUCCCCCAGGGCCCUGCACAGCUCAGCCCUGGGGAGAUGGAAGAGUCUGAUCAGGGGCACACAGGAGCACUUGCAACCUGUGUGGGUCAUGAGGGCACCAAAGGCCACCCAUCUCAACAACACCCUCCCCCAGCCCCUUCCCCUCGGUCUCGGCCUUAUGCUUGUUCUGUGUGUGGGAAGAGGUUUUCACUCAAGCAUCAGAUGGAGACACACUAUCGAGUCCACACAGCGCUCCCGGGACUUCUCUGCUAUGACCAAGCACCUGCGGACGCACGGGGCCGCUCCAUAUCGCUGUCCUCUGUGCAGUGCUGGCUGUCCCAGCCUGGCCUCCAUGCAGGCACACAUGCGAGGCCACUCGCCCAGCCAGCUCCCACCCGGAUGGACCAUUCGCUCCACCUUCCUCUACUCUUCCUCCUCCUCGAGGUCAUCCCGGGCCUCGACCUCUCCUUGUAGUCCCUCCUCCUCCACUACCUGAGGAGGUGUGGAUAACUUCUUUGGGCUCAGCCAAGAUUCUAAGAAUGAAAAUCGGGUCGUCUGGGCUUCUGACCCAGCACCGCUGCUAAGGUACCUUAGCAAAUUCGGCCCCAGGAGAGCCUCGGGAUGACCGCAGGUCGCAGGCCCCUAGGCCAAUCAGCCCCUAUAGGGUGAGGGCACUGAAGUUUACAUGAGUAAAGGUAAACUGUAUGGGGGCUGUCGAUCUCAUUA